CUGUGCUGGAGGCGCAGGAAAUGCAGCUCCAGCCUCCGGUAGCAGUACCUUUCCAGUUUGUUUCCAAAGCCACUGAAGUCGCCAUCUCCUCAGGUGUGUGCAUGUGGUUGUGAGGAUGUACAGUGUCUACCAGGACCGGGAGAGAUUGGAGGAUGAUCUCUAUCAAGAGGAAGAAGAGGACUCUGAUGGGUCAGAGGCCAACAGCGAGGUGGAGUUCCACCUUUAUAGCCAGCUCCACUACUCAUCCAACCUUGGGGAACUAGAGGAGCAGGAGGGUGAAGAAGAGCAGAACCAUGAAAGAGAGGACACCCGGCAAAAUAGGGUUGCAGAUGGUGAUAGAGGACUAGAGGAAAAAACAGGCAUCAAGGCUCUGACACCUACUAAUGGCAGCCUGCAGCAACACCUGAAGCAGAAGAAGAAGAAAGAGAAAAAGGACAAGCUGAAGAAGAAAAGUGACUCUAAAGGUCAGACCCCCACGAUGACCUCAUCACUUUUCGAGGAGGUCAUCGUGAUCGACUCCGGCCCUGACGUCAUCUCAAUCUCUGACGAUGACAGCGCUGAAGGUGAUGAUGGGAUCUGUGCUUUAAAGGGUCGAGGCAUGCAGACUUCCACCCCAGCGCAGCAGGAUGCUCAGAAAAGGAAAAGGAUUCCAGGUGUGCCUGUGACUGUGGAGUCCAGCAGUUCAGAAUCGGAUUCAGAAGAGUCAGAAUCCGAAUCUGAGUCCGAUUCAUCUGAUUCGGAUGGCCUGGAAAGCUGGAUGAUCCUGGGUCAAGGGAAUCAGUUUGGCGACCACUCCAUCUCACUCAACCUGGAAGGAGGGUCUCACAGCGAAUCGGAUGCUGAUGCAGCAGGUGAAACUUGGUUGGUUUCAGACAAAGACAAGGAGGCUCAGAUCUAUAACAAAAGAAAAGGUGUCAGGAUAGCAGUGCAGCGGGUGUCAAACAGAUACUAUACUGACAAGAACGUCAACUGCCGAAACUGCAACAAUUUAGGACAUCUCUCCAAGAACUGUCCUGACCCUAAAAAGUUUCCGCCAUGCUUUCUUUGUGGGAUUCCAGGCCACCCAGCCCGUGACUGUCUCAAAAGGCACUGCAAAAACUGUGGCCUGCCAGGGCAUCUUUAUGAUUCCUGCAGUGAGAAUUCAUACUGGAACAGACAUUGUCAUCGCUGCAACAUGAAGGGACACUACUCUGACGCUUGUCCAGAAAUCUGGAGACAGUAUCACCUGACAACUAAGCAUGGCCCUCUUGUGAAGCAGCAACCAAAGCGCAGCAGUCAGUCUCAUGCCUACUGCUACAACUGCUCACAGAAGGGACACUUUGGCCAUGCAUGUGUAAGACAGAGGAUGUUCAGUGGAGUGCAUCCCACAACCUCAUUGAUUAACCACUAUGACACUGUGGAAGACAUAAGCCGCAGACAACACAGGAUAAAGAUCAGGGCUAAAGAACUGAAGAAAAAUGGCUGUUUUCAAUCUUUUUCUGAGGCCCUUCUCACACCAGGACCCCCAAAGAAGAAACGGAAGAUCAGCUUUCAUAAAACCAACCACCAGUCCAACCAUACCCCUCGGCAUACUCCUAACAACCACAAUCCCAGACCCAGCCAUUUAUUUUUUAAUGAUAACGACGUAAGUGCUGCAACACCCAAAACAAAAAAGUUUAAUAAGUUCAAACAACAGGAAAGUGUAGGCAAUGUUAAACCAUGGAAACCUAAGAGACCUGUGCCCACCUCGAGAACCCCGCUGCCAGCCGCUAAACCAAUUUUCGAUGAAGCAGAAGACUUUCCCAGAGGGGGAGGGAUGGGAGAGAACAGGAAGAAGAGGAGAAAGAAGAAGAAAAUGAACCAUGUCCCUUCAGCACAGCCAGGGGGACACACAGAGAAAAGACCUAAUCCUCUCUUUGGCUCUGUUGGAGGAAAGGUGCAUGGGCCUAAAGCAAAGCAAGAGAAGAGAAAAAAGAGGAAAAAUCAAGUCCCCGCGACUGCUGACAAAAAAACUGGUGCGCAGAUGUACCCUGCAGACGAUAAUCUGUUCUUCAUUAAACAAAGAAAGCGCAGAAGAUAGCAUCCGUUUGUGUGAGGUUUCAAUGUCAGAGUCUGUCAGGGCUCUGAUCUCUAAAAGUAAAAGUUAAGACCGUGACUUUUAGGGGCGUGUCGCACGUUUCGUUAACUCAGGUCUCGACAUAAAUACCUGAAAUUAUUGUGGCUUUAAGGGCCUUCAUGGGACCUUUUCACAAAAUAUUUUAACAACAGUCAAGAGUUAGGUGAUGUGUAUGAUUUUUGGAAAUAUUAAAAGCUGCUUCAUUUAGUUGCUUCACCUCCAGGGUCCUGAUUUUGUUCACAGGGGCUCGAAGUCACAUUGUGAUGCUUGAACAGAGCAGCAUCUUUAAUCUUGUUAAUAACAACUUAAAAUGAGUCAGAACGCUGAAGCUGUUUAUUGACUUUCCCCAUGUGGUCAGUGUGAGAAUACAGCUGUCCCCAGAUUUAAACAGGAAGUGGCCCUAUGUUUGGAAAUUGACAAUGUAUAAACAGCAGUUUACAAUUUAGUUAGUCCAGUAAGUCACAGUUCUGUGGAUUUUUAAUGAAAAAGGAUCAUGGCCUUAAAGGAAUCUGAAUAAUAUUUGCGUAAAACCAAAAAGGUUUACUAAAACAGUUUCAGGAGUAAUGGUGACUUAAAAUUUAUUUCUUCCUAUUGGUUCCAUCGUGUUGCAAAAGUCUCCUUUUAAAAAAAGAAAAUUAAAAAAUAUUUGCAAGUUCAAUAAGCUGAUUUCCCUGUGCUUCUGCUUUGAAAGUAGUUUUUUAAUGUUGCUGCUGCUCUUGGAACCAGAAGCCAGUGUAUAUUUAAACACGUGUUUGUGACUAAUUUCAUUUUCAAUUUUAACUGAAGGGUAAACUGCUGCUCUUUUCUGUAACCAACCCAUGCGCUUGUAAUUUUUCUGUAUUUAUGAGCACUAAUGCAUCUGUUACAUACAGACUAAUAGAGCAGUGAUGAAAAAUCAGCAGACGCCUAUUUAACCCUGAUCCUCUGUCAUUUGAUGUUGGAGAACUCUGUCAAACCUGAAAAAGAUCGCUUCAGUCAGAAGUAUUUCUUGUAUUUAUUGAAGGUGAUCACUUUCAUUAAUGUUUUCUUGUAAGCGGACAAGUGGACUCAAACCACUGGUCCCAGAUAACAUGCAUCACUAACAUGUGGCCCCAACAGUGUUGAUAAUUUAAAAUCAGUUGUAUGCGGUCUUAUUUGUUAUUGUCGUAGCUACAUGAAACCCUGAAAUAGGAAAUCGUGUGAAGUGAUUCCUUUGUAAUAUGACCACUGGUUAUCCAAAGUGUCUGAGGAAAAAUAAAACUUGAAUCUCUUCUGUGAUUGAGGAAGAAAGCUUGGAUUGCUUAUGCGCUCA